AUGGCGGCAGGCCCAAUUAUUUGUGGUGCUUGGUAUUAUACCAUAUUAGCUGGAUUUUACAUUCUCUAUUGCCCGGUGAUGUAUUUGAUGUUUAUCAACCAUGCACUAUACAGAAAGAUUGUAGAUUUGCUGUUUGCUUUAUGGGAGCUUUAUCCAGUGGCCCUUUUCCAAUGGUGUUACGGUACGACAUUGCAUCACUACGGCGAUUAUGUGAAUCCAAAUGAAACGACAAUCAUCGUAAUGAACCAUCGCACGAGAGUGGAUUGGAAUUAUGUGUGGAUCGCUUUAUAUCACGCGACGCAGAAUAACUACCCGGAGUGCAUCUGCAAAGAGCCGGAAGUUGUCGAGGAUUCUAAUUUGUUCGAUAUGAUCGCGGGCGGCAAAUCGAGAAUCAAGAUCGUGUUGAAGGAUGAAAUUAAGUCUGUUCCGGGUAUGGGUUGGAUAAUGCAGUUGAACUUCUUUCUGUACGUGAAAAGAAACUGGCAAGAGGACCAAGUCAAUCUCGCGCAAUAUAUCGACUAUUAUAAGAAGAUGAAUGAUUACAAGCAACGGAUAGUGUUGUUCCCAGAAGGAACCGACCUGAGCGAGGAGAACAAACGACGUAGCGAGAAAUACGCCAUUACAAAACAGUUGCCGAUGUAUGACUACGUGUUACACCCUCGCACUACAGGCUGGUCCAGCCUCUGUGCUGGUCUGCGACCAGCUGGCCUGGUGUCUGUCUAUGACGUCACACUCGCUUACGACACCCCUGCGCAGACCGAAAUAGACCUCCUUCGCGGAAAAAUACCGAGACACGUAUAUUUUUACUUUAAGAGAUACUCCAUCGAAGAGCUACCCAACGAAGAGGAGGCUUUAAGAACUUGGUUGAUGAAUAGAUGGACUGAAAAGAACGCGUGUCUACAAAAGUUUCACACUGAUGGUGUAUUCGCCGAUAUAGCUUCUAACAGACCAGUAGCAGAAAGAAGUUCUCGAUCACUCACUGCAGCAAAAAUAGGCUUCGUCUUCUGGACGAUAAUAGAUAUCUUUUUCUUUUAUUGUCUAUGUUACAGCAUCGUAUUUAGAUUUUGGGUGAUAUACCAUACUUUACUCUUUAUUCUAGUUACGAAGUAUUGUGACGGAUUUCAAAAGAUCCAGUAUAGAUUAUUUAAUAGGUUGUAG